AUGCUGUCUGCUACCUCCGGGGUCAUGCGCAUCGGCGCUCGCCGAAUUGCCCCCCGCGCCGCCGCCCUCGCCGUCACCUCGAUGCCGAAAGCCUCCCUCAGCCGAACUGCCAAUAUUUUCCACGUCCGCGCUAUUUCUACCACCGGACGACUUGCUCAUGCUCUCAACACGAACCCGAACCCCCCUCUGGGCAAGAAGAAUGCUUCCAACGACUCGCCGUCGCGAAUUGGCCUCAUCGGCGCCCGUGGUUAUACCGGCCAGGCCCUGAUCGACCUUCUCAACAACCACCCCAAUGUAGACCUUCGCUAUGUGUCUUCUCGAGAGCUUGCUGGACAGGAGCUCAAGGGCUACACUAAGCGCAAGAUUAUUUACGAGAGCCUAUCUCCCGAGGAUGUUGCUCAAUUGGACAAGGAUGGCCAGGUCGACUGCUGGGUCAUGGCCUUGCCCAACAAUACCUGCCAGCCCUUUGUCGAAGCAUUGGGUGAAAGCUCGAAUCUCAUCGUUGAUCUUUCGGCCGACUACCGGUUUGACACGACGGGAACAUGGACCUACUCAUGCCCUGAGCUUGUGAAGCGCAGCAAGAUUGCUCAAUCCACGCGCAUCAGCAACCCUGGCUGUUAUGCAACGGGCGCUCAACUCGGUAUUGCUCCUCUUGUGCCGUAUUUGGGAGGCGUUCCUACGGUUUUUGGUGUUUCGGGAUUCUCAGGAGCUGGAACGAAGAAAAGCCCCAAAAACGACGAGACUCUUCUGAAGGAUAACCUUCUGCCUUACUCCCUUACGGGACACAUCCACGAGCGAGAAAUCAGCCACCACCUUGGAGCCACGACGGCAUUCAUUCCUCACGUCGCUUCAUGGUUCCGCGGUAUCCAAUUGACCAUCAACAUCCCCCUGUCUAAGGAGAUGACUUCCCGAGAAAUUCGCCAGAUUUACCAAGACCGAUACGCCAGCGAGAAGCUUGUCAAGGUCGUUGGUGAAGCUCCCUACGUCAAGUCGAUCCAGAAUAAGCAUGGGGUCGAAGUCGGUGGAUUCGCUGUUGAUGACACUGGCAAGCGUGUCGUUGUCUGUGCCACGAUUGACAAUCUCAACAAGGGCGCCGCCACGCAAUGCCUGCAGAACAUGAACCUCGCCCUCGGAUACGACGAGUACCAGGGAAUUCCCAUUUAG